CCCAUCCUCAUUUAAAAAAUUAAAACAUUAAACAUUAAUUACAAACUCAUGAUUCUUAUAACUCAUAUGUUACCUGCCUAUCAAAAUAUUAAAUAACAUGUUAUUAUUUCAAAAUUAUUUACAAUUAUAGUUUUAAUAUUUAAUUUAAGACAAUCCCAUUUAAAACAUAAUAUUUAGUCCCCUAUUAUAUAUUAUACAAAAAAUAAUAACCAAAUAGCCUUAUUAAUUAUCAGUUACAGGUUGGUAUAGGUACCUAGUACCUACAAACAGUACAAACUAUAAUUAUUUAAGUGUAGAAAUAACUUAGCAACAGAUUUUUAAUUUUUAAUUCAUCACAACUUAGAAAACUUGUAUACAUUAUGAACAAUUGUGAUUGUAAAAAUCAAAAUUGUAAUCACAUUAAUGUUUAUAUACAACCCCCAAGAAGUAAAUCUUGUGCAAAAUAUGGAACUUAUAUUCGUUCAGAUAUUCCUAUGCAGUACAAAACCGAACAAAAGUUGUCUUAUAAAAACCAACCUAUUAAUGAAUUAAUUAAGAUUGAUUCAUCUUCAAAAAGUAACUGCUUUGGAGAUAAUUUAAAAUUUGGUUUUCAAUAUCCAUCAGAAACAAUUCAACAGUCCAGUUACAAAAAAUUGAUAUUAUCAGAUAAGUUGCUUAUUAAAAAACCAAGAGACUGUUAUGAUUUAAUUGGACGUGGUCCAAUAAACUUAAAUACUACUAAACAAAUUGAUUUCCAAAGAAAGAAUAUUACCCCACAAAGUAGACACUAUGAAAAAUCUUGUAAUAUUUUUAAAUUAAAUACCCCAACUGAAGUUCUGCCAACAACAUAUCAAACGUCAUAUAACAAUUCUAAAAUAGAAAAAAGGAAUAUUGACACUUUCAAACCUAAAAGUACUUACAUUACCCCAACAAGAAAAAUGGAAACAAUGACAACAAAUAAUUUAUCUUAUAAAUAUUGGAUUAAUAAUUCAAAUAAUUCAACUAUAAAAACUAGUUACAAUUGUCAAACAAAAAAACCAAUAGACUAUCAAACUAUGUACAAUUAUUACUAUAGUGAACCAGGAACAUAUACUAAAAAAGUUACAUUUUCAUCAAAUGAUGAUUUAUGUAUCAAAGAGUGUUGUGAUUGAAAAUGGUUUAAUAAAUAUUUUAACACAUUUAAGUUAUGACAUUUUAAAUUUUAUUUUAUUAAAUAAUUAAUAACAAGCCAGGCCCUAUGUGUCUAGAGACAACAUAGGAGAAACAGAGAGCAUGUAAAAUAGUAAAAUAUUGAUGCAACUAAGCAACAUUUAUCUACAUUAAGUUAUAGUCCAAUUGAGUUAAAGUUGUGACAAGGUUAUUGAACUUACAUUGUAAUAAGUACAUUACUGUGAAAGAUAAAAGUAAUCGAGCAGAACAUUUUUAAGUCAUUUACAAAGGCGAGGAGGUUGCAAUUUAGUAUUUGAUACUAUUAAUAAACAGUACAAAAACUAAAGUAGAAAAGUAUCUUUGAUGUUACCAGAGGUUAUAGUUAAAAUCAUAGACUUAAAAUCAUAAAUUUUCACUCAUUUUUUUUUUAUCCAACAAUCAUGAUUUGACAUUGAGAAGACAAAUUUGGUUUCCCAAAACUCGAUUUAUUAAUUAUUUCUUCGAAAAAGAAGUCAAUUAUUAAUCUUAAUUGAAAUCUUUGUAAAAGAAGUAAAAAUUACAUUAUGGCUUCUAAAAUAAAAUUAUUAAAAGUAAUAAGGUUUAUGACAGCAAAUAAACCUGGUCUCAAUCCACAUUAUUCAUCAAUUAGAAUAGAAAUUGAGCAAUAAUGUCAAAAUAUUGUUAGAUUAAUCAUUAAUAUAUAAAUAAUCUUAUAUUAAAAUGAUACAUCUUCAUAUCAAGUUGAUAAUUUUUAUUUUUAUCAAUAAUAACAAAAUAAUCAUAAUAAACUUUUUGAAAACUUAUUUAACAUUUAACUAGUCUCCUGAAAAUAGUUAUAGACAAUGAAGUCGGAUCAUAUUAUAACUUGUAGUUUGAAUUUCUUGAGAUUCCUAACUUUAUGAUAUUUACCAAAUUUUGGAGUAAAUUUAUCAACCAAUAAUAAAUUCAUAUCAUAAUUUUUUUAUUUCACUUGUGUAAUAUUAUAAAGACCCAAUGGGGCUAGUGGCUAGUUAAAAGUUAAUAAUUUACUAAUAUAUAUAAAACAUAUUUUAUAAA